CGUUGCUUAUUAACACUCACCUUCACCAUUCCCUCACCUUCUCCUCAGACCUCACACAGUUGCAGAGAGAGCUGCAUUGUAUACUCCAUUAGUUAUUGUAAUGGCGACGCUGUCGGGCGCAUUCGUGAGCACCUCGUUCUUGAGGAGGAACCCCUCCGUGGCCUCCCUCAAGUCGGGCCCGAGCUUCGGCCAGGCCCUGUUCGGCCUGAAGACACAGGCGGCACGCGGGGGGCGCGCGACUGCCAUGGCGGCCCACAAGGUGACCCUGGUAACCCCGGAAGGGAAGGUGGAGCUGGACGUCCCCUCCGACACCUACAUCCUGGACCACGCCGAGGAGAACGGGAUCGACCUGCCGUACUCGUGCAGGGCCGGGUCGUGCUCCUCCUGCGCCGGGAAGGUGGUGUCCGGGAGCGUCGACCAGUCCGACGGCAGCUUCCUCGACGACGACCAGAUUGAGGAAGGGUGGGUCCUCACAUGCGUCGCAUACCCACUGGGCGACGUCGUCAUCGAGACCCACAAGGAAGAGGAGCUCACCGCUUAAGCUUCCAUUCCAUCGCCCGCCCGCCCGACAGAGUUUAUUAUGCUUUAAAUUAAUUAGUCAAGCUUAUUGUUGUGUUUAAUUAGUCUUACUUUUAUUUUUAUUAUUAUUAUUAUCUGCUAAUUAAAUCUCUCUCUCUCUCUCUCUCUUGGACGAUUUUUUUUUUUUUAGGGGGGGAUGUCUAAGAGAUAAACUUUCCAUAAAACCAGUGUUGCUAUGGGACCGGUUAAUGUGAUGCUUCUUUGUUUAAUC